CUCAACAUAUUUUUUCGAUCCUGAAGUCCAAAGUUAGAAUCUGACCGAGGUUUUAAUCUAAAAUUUAUUUUGAAUCAAGAAAAAUAUAAAUUUAAAAACAUGACCGAUGUAUCAUCACGUUUGGAACGUGUCAUGUCCAAUGAAAGCGACAUCAAAGUUGCUGUCGCUGCCACAUCGUUGUUACAUCAAAAAGCCAACGAUAUUCGUCAAAAAUGUAUUUCCUGGCAAUCAUAUCAUUCUUCUCAAAUGAUUUCCGAUCGUGAUUUUAAAUUCAUCACGACAUAUGAAAAAGUGACUGCCGAUAAUCGUGCUGAAUUCGUGCAGCAACAUUCAAUGGAAAUGGCAGAAACAUUUUUGACAAUGUUGUCUACGGUUUCAAAAGAUGAAACGAUCCAGUAUAUACUUUGCUUGAUUGAUGAAUUGUUCUUGGAGGAUCGAAAUCGUGUAGAAAUUUUUCACACUUAUUGCUCGAAACGUAAAGAUGCAUUAUGGAAACAUUUUUUUCCGUUGAUAUUAAGAGAUGACGAAUUCAUUCAGAAUAUGACUGCUCUUUUAAGCAAAAGCGCUUGUUGGAGUGUCAAAAAUCGGCUAGAAUCGGGCGAUCUAACUCUUUAUUUAAAUUGGCUAAUCGAACGAGUUAAAGCGAACACUGAAUAUAUUCAAACGAUUGCCCGAUGUUUGCAGUUGAUGUUACGCAUCGAUGAAUACCGCGAAGCAUUCGUUAAUCUCAAUGGGUUGACAGCCAUUUUCGAUGCAUUUGGAAAUUGUAGCAAUUUCCAAAUUCAAUAUCAGCUGAUAUUUUGUGUAUGGAUUUGUACAUUCGAUAAGAAUUUAGUACUGAAAAUGAAUCGAUACAAUGCAAUUCCAAAGCUGGCUGACAUUCUUUCUGAAUCGAUCAAAGAAAAAGUCAUUCGAAUGAUAUUGGCCACAUUUCGAAAUAUGAUCGAAAAACCUGCCGAAGAGCCUGAAAUCGCCCGUGAAAAUGCCAUUACAUUAGUCCAGUGUAAAGUUCUUAAACAUCUAGAAAUUCUUCAACAAUCUGGCCAGAAAUUUGAUGAUCCUGAUAUUAAAGAUGAUAUCGAUUUCUUGUAUCAAAAACUCCAAGAAUCAAUUCAAGAUUUAUCAUCGUUUGAUGAAUAUUCUACUGAAGUUCGGUCAGGACGACUGGAAUGGUCCCCGGUACAUACUACUGAAAAAUUUUGGCGUGAAAAUGCUGCCCGUUUAAACGAGAAAAACUAUGAAUUAUUGAAAAUAUUGAUUCGAUUAUUAGAAGCAUCUAACGAACCAAUGGUUUUGUCUGUAGCUGCACAUGAUAUCGGUGAAUAUGUUCGCCACUAUCCAAGAGGUAAAGUGGUAAUUGAAAAUCUUCAUGGCAAAGAAUUGGUCAUGCAUCUUUUGUCACAUGAAGAUGCAAACGUUCGAUAUGAAGCAUUACUAUGCGUGCAAAAAUUAAUGGUGCAAAAUUGGGAAUAUCUUGGUCGGCAAUUGGAAAAAGAAGGCAAAAAAGAUAACACCACAUCUAAAAAGAAAGAAGUAUCAGUCAAGUAGACUUUCGUCACAUUCCAUCUAUCAUGAUAUUAACCAAGAAUAUUUAAUUAAUUGUUCAUGUUCAUAAUUUGAUUAUCAAAUUCAAUUUUGUUUGUUAGUUCAUUGUUGUUCAUUCAUGUUCUAGUCUGGGUUUGUUCAAAAAAGAAAUUUUUUGAAAUUUGAA